AUGGCACGUACGAAACAAACUGCACGAAAAUCAACCGGUGGAAAAGCUCCACGAAAACAGCUCGCCACAAAGGCAGCUCGUAAGAGCGCUCCCGCCACCGGUGGAGUCAAGAAGCCUCAUCGUUACAGACCUGGUACAGUCGCUCUUCGUGAGAUCCGUCGUUACCAGAAAUCCACCGAGCUCUUGAUCCGCAAGCUGCCCUUCCAGCGUCUUGUGCGAGAAAUCGCUCAAGAUUUUAAGACUGAUCUGCGUUUCCAAAGCUCAGCUGUGAUGGCUCUUCAAGAAGCUAGCGAGGCUUACCUUGUUGGUCUGUUCGAAGACACCAACUUGUGCGCCAUCCACGCCAAGCGUGUCACCAUUAUGCCAAAGGACAUUCAGUUGGCCCGCCGAAUCCGCGGAGAACGAGCAUAAGUGCACUUCGCUUCAAAUCACAAACGGCUCCUUUAGGAGCCACCACAUGAAUAAAAGCAAUGACCAAUUUUAUGAGCUUCUACUAACCAAAUAUUCCGAAGUAAAUAUCAUUAGCAACUCAAAAUAUAUUAACGCGUUUACCAAGCGCGCGUCUUUAAAUUCUCGCGUAUAUAGGAAACUUGUUGCAGCGUUUAGCAAGAAUACUACAUCGGCAAUUGGUUUUGAUGUUUUGCUUUGUGAAAAAUCUAUUGUAAUCAUAUUUUAAGAAUACUCUCAAACUUGACUCCGAUCUUGCCCGAAGGUCGGGAGCACGCAACCAAUUCAUGCAAAAGCUGGUUUGGCUGAACUGUAACAAGGCAAAUCCACAAAACUAUGCACAUAACCUUGUUCAAUCGCUGUUCAUUUUCAAAACAUUUGCUAUAAAAGCAAGACCCGCUCAUCAUUAACAUGUUUUAUUCUUCACUUGGCCCUUUGAUUUUGGCGCUAGUAUUGUGCAAAUCAUCAGUGCUUUCUUGAACGUUUCGCCAUAUUUCAGAUCGGUUUCUUAAUUAGAAACUUUACUCAGAUGCUUUAUGGAAUAUUAGUUACAAUAGACUACAUUUCUUCGUUGGAGACAUUUAGCACAGGUCUUAUCAAGGUCACGUAUGAAAUGGCGGACGUUGUAGUCUCGUACUUCGUGUUCAAACUUCGAGACCGCUCUGCCUUUGAAUAUGCAACAAAAAGCUCAUUUGCUGCAUAUGCAUUUAAAAUUGGAGACUUCAUCCCUACUGUAAUUUUAUGAUAUAUAAAAACAUGAAGCCUCUUCCUAGGGUGGGUAGUUAGACGAGAAACCCGGGUCUUUUUAUUCCUUUGCGUCGUCAAAUAAAACUCUCAAUAUUGAUCAACAAUUGAAUUAACUGUUCACAUCCAGUCUAUAAUAGCGCUUUCUUCUGAACUUCAUACAUCACACGUUUAGUAAACCUAUUGCAACGUUUAGCAAGAAUAUUACAUCGGCAACUGGUUGAUUUUUUUCGCAGGUGUAAAUAAAUUAUUGUAAUCAUUAUUGAGAAUGCUGUCAAACUUGAUCUUGCCCGGGAGUCGAGAGCGUGCGACCAAUUCAUGCAAAAACUUGUUUGGCUGAUCCGUAACGGGGUAAUCCAGAAAACUAAGCUCAGAACUUUGUUCAAUCGAUGUUAAUUUUAAAAAAAAUUUUCCAUAAAAGUAAGCCUCAGCUUCAAGUGAUUUACUUCAAUCGAGACAUUUAGCAUUGUACCUCUUAUCAAGGUCAGUCACAUAUAAAAUGGCGGAUGUUGUAGUUUUGUUCUUCUUGUUUGAGUUUAGAGGCGGCUCUGCCUUCGAAUAUGCAUCAAAAUGUUCAUUUUUUUUUAACAAUUGCAUGGUUUAGGACUUCUUCUUUCAUAUGACAUUUAAUUUACUAAUGAAAGGUGACUCAAACAAAACUUCUUUCAUCAUUCAUUCAAAGUUCUCGUUUAAAUCUUCAUGCUUUCUUGACUUUUGCCCGUGAAGUUACAUACAUACAUACAUACAUACAUACUUUAUUUGUCACGUAGGUCGAUAAAUGGCAGCUAAAAAGCUGAUGUGGACCUACAAAACUAAAGAGUGUCUACAAAAUUUAAAUAAUAACAAUAACAAGUAGCGAAAUUAUGGUAAGUAAGAAAGGAUGUAAGACCUAGUAAUAUAAUAUACAGUUGAUUUACAGUAGUAAUAAAAAGUAAUAAAAUAAAUAAAAGUAGUAAAAUAGCUUUAAUAUAUGUAAUUUACAACGUCUUUAUUUAGUCCCUGUAAACCAUUAAAUGUUAUUUUAUCUAAAAUGUCGGAUUUUGCUUUGAGAGCAGAUUUGAAAGAAACAAUGUUCGGUUUGCUCUUCAAGUACACGGGUAAGUUGUUCCAUAGAACAGACGCAUGGUGAGAAAAAGAAGAUCGACGGAAGUCACUUUUAGGGCGUUGCACGAAUAGCUUCAGAUUGUCCCUUAGAUUUCUCAACGGAGAGUGUUUAGUAAACAAAGAGCUUAUAGCAGCCGGAGCUCUAUUGUAAAAUGCCUGAUAGGAUAUAGUGGCAAUCCCUUUUUUAUAGAAAUAUGAUAAGGACUUCCAUUUUGUCGCUGCCAGAACUUCAGUAUUGGGGUAGAUUCCUUUAGGUUAAAAAUAAAUCUCGCGGCUCCAAUGUGAAUGUCUUCCAGUGUCUGAAGUGACUUAGAAGAUCCCCAUAAUGCAAUAGAAUACGCAAUACUUGGAAUGAUACCUUUGAAAUAAAUUGACUCUAAGAGGCGAUUGUCGAGUCCUUUUAGGUGUUUGAGUUUCUUCACUCUUGCCGAAAAACGUUUGCUCAAAGAUUUUAUAUGUGGCGACCAAGAGAGUUUAUUAUCGAUAAGAAUCCCUAAACAUGUAGCUUUGGAAACAAAUGACAACUCAUUUUGCCCUAAACAAAUUUUCUGUAGGGGUCCGAUGAAUCUUGAUUUUGAUAACAACAUUAGUUCACUUUUUGCGGGAUGAAUAGUCAUGAAGUUAUCCUUAGCCCAUUUGUUUAAGUCAACGAUCGCUUUCUGUAUCUUAAAUAAAACUUCAUCAACAGUAUUUCCAAUGCAAAAACAGUAGUAUCAUCUGCAAACAUUUCAACGGAAGCGUUCGUUGUGGCUCCGGGCAGAUCAUUUGAGUAAAUGCUGUAAAGUCUAGGACCAAGUAAAGACCCUUUGGGGUACACCCGUAUCUAUUUCCAACAAUUCUGAGUUUGAACCAUUUACGGUGACAAAUUGUUUACGAUUAUCAAGAUAAUUUAAGAGCCAAUCGUAAAAAGAGCCACUAAUACCUAUAGAGUGUAAUUUAUCCAUAAGAACUGUGUGGUUGACGCAAUCAAACGCUUUCCGAAAAUCAAUAAAGACUACGCCAAUAAUAUUGCUUUCAUCCAAGGCUAAACGCCAUCGUUCUGUAACGGAAAGUAAGAGCAGCUCGGGUGAGCUUCCUUUUCUGAAGCCCCAUUGAUUUAAGGAGAUCAGAUUGUUGCUAUAUAAGAAGUUAUCAAGUUGUUGGCUUACAACAUUCUCCAAUAGCUUGCCCGGAAUGCUAAGAAGGGAAAUAGGCCUGUAGUUUUCACAGUCGAGAGUAUUCCCCUUCUUGUGAAGACAUUUUACCUGUGCCUGUUUCCACUGGCUGGGGAGUUUGCAUUCCAAAAUACUUCUUUGAGCCAGUGGCAUAAAGCAAUCCAAAAAUGCGUCUCCAAUAAGGUACAGCUCUUUGCUGGAUAUGUCAUCAGGUCCACUCGCCUUGCCAGGUUUCAAACACCUUAGAGAAGAUUUUAAAAGGUCUCUGUUAAGGGCUAUGUUAUAAAGAGAGGCACUGAUUUUUCUUGCGGACUGACAAGGAGAGUUUACUGAAGAAUCUUGUGUUGAUUUCGAGAGGGAUUUUCCAACAUUGACAAAAAAGGAAUUUAAAGUGUUGGCCUUUGAUGUAUCGUCUGCGUGAAUAACUCCGGAACUAUCUUUAAUCGGUCCGAUAUUUGUAGCUGUUUGUUUUCCCUCGAAAGAUCUUACUGUCUUCCAAAAAAUCUCGAGCAGAGGUUGUCUCAUUAAAUUUUGUUAGCCAAUAACUUGAUUCCGCUAAUCUAAGGAGUUUGGUGCAUUUAUUUCUUGCCUUCUUGUAAUCUAUCCAGGCUUGUGAGCCCUUCGGUGUUUUCUGUGCUUUAAGGAGUAAUUUGUAGCGUUUGUUCAGCUCUUUACGUAUGGAAGAGUUCAUCCAGGGUAGGCCCCUCUUCUUAUCUUUACUCGUCGAGCAUGAAGGUGAGAUUUCAUAAUGUCCUUGUAUAAAUACUCCCAAGCCCAAGUAGCAUCGUCCAGAUUGUGAAAGACAUUGCAGAUACUCCAUGGGGCUGCAGCAAAGUCCGUUCUUAAUGAGUCUAGAUCUACUUUUUAUAAUCGUAGACUGUUUUGAGCGUUGGUUUCUGACGUUUUCUUUUGAGAUUUACGAUUGCAUAUAUUAAGUGGUGAUCUGAGAUUCCUAAAUCACAAACACCCUGGUGAGAAAUUUUGAGGUGUCAGAGCAAAUCACCAAAUCAAUCAGCGUUGUGGAGGUGUCAGUGAUCCUUGUUCAAAAGUUGACGGAAUUUCAGGUUAAUUUAGGCAAAACCUUCUUAAUUUUAGUAAAUCAAACUUUACUUCACACCUACAUUUUAUGAGAUAACUUAGCUAUGCUCUAUUUGACUAGAAAAUAUCUGAUGUUAUUGAAUUAGCUCGUUGUGAACCAAAAUGUCAAACAAACUAACACAGUUUGGACGCCGCCAUUUUUCGACAACCCUGUUUCCUCGGUGGUCCGUACAUGAACAAUAACAUUGCCUAGCACGCUCCAAGCAAUCAUUGUUACUCCUAGUUCCGAAAGUUCUACAGCAAACAGUAUGUCCGAGGCAAAGUCCCCCGCUAAAAAGAAGCCAGCUGCGCCCAAAAAGCCAGCUGAGCAUCCACCUUAUGCAGACAUGAUCAAAGCUGCUAUCUUAGCGUUGAAAGAGCGAAGCGGCUCUUCCCGCCAAGCCAUCGAGAAGUACAUCAAGGCUAACUACAAGGUUGGUGAGGUCGGCUCGCACUUGAAGAUGGCUUUGAAGAGGGGUGUUACUAGCGGCAAGCUUGUCCACACCAAGGGAGUUGGUGCUUCUGGUUCCUUCAGGGUGGCCAAGGUGGAAAAGAAGGAGAAGAACCCGAAGAAGAAGCCAGCUGCAAAGAAAAAGCCUGCCGUCAAACCAAAGAAGCCCGCCGCCAAGAAGACGGUAAAGAAACCAGCGGCCAAGAAGGCUGCAAAGAAACCCGCCGCUAAGAAGCCAGCAGCGAAGAAACCCGCCGCUAAAAAGCCAGCAGCAAAGAAGCCUGCGGCCAAAAAACCCGCAGCGAAGAAGCCCGCAGCUAAAAAGCCCGCCAAGAAAGCAGCGAAGAAAUCUCCGAAGAAGGCGGCCAAGAAAUAA